AUGAAUAAACCGCUUAGUUCUAGUGAUAUUGAGUUGUUAAUUAAUCAGCAAAAUACUGACGACUUCAAUUCUGAGGAACCAGAAAGAGUUGAGCGCGGCUCCAGUGCUUCACUGAUUAUGCCGGAAGAUCUAGGCAUACAAUGUUCAGAAUUGAACACAAUAGAAGAGGUUAUGGAAUCAUCUGAUCAAAGCAUCAGCUUACUCCAAGCCACUGAAGAACCGAGUAUUUCGUCUGAACCAAGGCAAGUUCUAUCACCAUUGCCGAUCUUUGAUAAUUUGAGUGAUAACAGUGAUGAUGAUCCAGACUGGGCUCCAGAAACUUCACUGAGGAGGCGGAUUCUUUAUCCAUUGGCUAAUGAAGAUCUCUAUGAUAAAUUGAAUAUAUCUUGUAGUGCUGAAAAUGUCAGUUCAUUGUCUGUGCAAGAUUUGCGAAGUAACAGGCAGUUAUUUUUAAGAAGACGCAGAAUCUUGCCUUCUUUGGACAGUGAUAUAGAUAAUAGUGGUAUUUUACUCCCAGAAAAUAUUACCUCUGCUUCUGUAUCCCUUCCGUCCACUGUUAAGCGUAAUAAAGAAGCCCGUAUUGCUGGUAAACCGUAUCUUGGGUAUAAAAAGUUGGAUAGCAAGUGGACAGCGUGCAUCGAGAGGCCCAAAAGAGUUUUAAAAUCACGUUGCUCACAUACUAUUGCUGCUCCAACAUCUAAGAAUUCUUUUCUUUGCGCUUUGGUCACUGACGAAGAACGUGAAAAAUUAACAAUCAAUUUUGGAAGCUCAAGACUUGGGCAGAGAAGAUUACUUUCGAUAAAGGAUCAGCAGUGA